AUGAGUGCAGAUCAGGUAGAUAAUCUGGGGAUUAUAUUUGAAAGCACUCCAAAUUUAGUAGACAAUCUGAGGAUUAUAUUUGAAAGCAGUGAUCCAAAUUCAGUGAUCUUCAAACGUUGCGGAGUUCAUCUGUUAUACAAACAGCACGAUGAACAGAAUGCCAAAGAUCAUGCAGGUGUGCCCCAUCAUGAAAAUAUUGAUGUCCAUUUGAAUGCACCCAUUGAAGAUAUUGGAACUUUAGCAAAUCCAAUGGGUGGAAGCCAGCUUUCUAAGAGGCGUCGUGUUGAUUAUGAUGACUACGAAGAUGAUCACAACAUUGAAUCCAACUUGUACGCACAACAAAGGAAGCAUGCUUCAACCUUUGAAAUCAAAUUUUUUAUGAAAGCUGUAGUAUUGAAUAGUCGUGAUGAGGAGGAGUAUGAUUGACUUCAAAUUUGUAGUUUCAAGUGUAUGAAGGAGCAGUUAUGUACAGUAGUUGGUUUUAUUUUGUAUUUUAACUUAAUUAAGCUUCGUGUAUAUGAAUGAAAAUAUGAUUAUAUAA